GCAGCUGACGUUGUUACGACUUGGUAGGUGAUUGGCGAGGUAAGAUGGCGGCGCCAGAGGAUCCAGAAUUAUCCCAGGCGCAGACCGAAAAACUCCUCCAGUUUCAGGACCUAACUGGGUUGGAGUCCAUGGACCAAUGUCGACGAACAUUAGAGCAGCAUAAUUGGAACAUAGAGGCCGCAGUACAAGACCGACUGAAUGAGCAGGAAGGAGUUCCCAGUGUAUUUAACCCGCCACCAUCCAGACCAUUACAGGUCAAUACAGCAGACCAUAGAGUAUAUAGUUACAUCGUGUCAAGGCCACAGCCUAGGGGGUUACUAGGAUGGAGUUACUACUUGAUAAUGCUACCAUUCAGAUUUACAUAUUACACACUGCUGGACAUAUUCAGGUUUGCCCUGCGGUUCAUCAGGCCAGACCCUCGUGCUCGUGUCACAGACCCUGUUGGAGAUGUUGUGUCCUUUAUUCAUAGUUUUGAGGAGAGGUAUGGUCGGGCACACCCUGUAUUUUACCAGGGAACAUAUAGCCAGGCACUGAAUGAUGCCAAACGGGAGCUUCGCUACCUAUUAGUGUACCUACAUGGAGAUGAUCAUCAAGACACGAAUGAGUUUUGCUGCUCCACGUUAUGUACAGAAGAAGUCAUAACGUUCCUCAACACACGAAUGCUCUUUUGGGCAUGCUCAACCAACAAGCCUGAGGGCUACAGAGUGUCCCAAGCAUUGCGGGAAAACACCUAUCCAUUCCUGGCCAUGAUAAUGCUGAAGGACCGUAAGAUGACAGUGGUGGGAAGACUGGAGGGCGUGAUUCAGCCAGAGGACCUCAUCAACCAGCUCACCUUUAUCAUGGAAGCCAACCAAACAUAUCUGACGUCAGAACUCCUUGAACGGGAGGAGAGGAACCAGACUCAAGUACUAAGGCAGCAACAAGACGAGGCCUAUCUGGCCUCCCUCCGUGCAGACCAGGAGAAAGACCGAAAGAAAAGGGAGGAGCAGGAGCAGCGCAGGCAAGAGGAGGAGAAGGUCCGACAGAGUGCUCUUGCUGAGGAACGAAGACGAAGAACACUGGAAGAGGAGAAGGAGAGGAAGUCAGAAUGUCUUCCUCCUGAGCCGCCUGCAGACGACCCGGAGAGUGUCAAAAUAGUGUUUAAGCUGCCCAGUAAUGCACGAGUAGAGAGACGAUUCCUCUUUGGGCAGUCUCUGACGGUAAUAUAUGACUUCCUCUUCUCUCUGAAAGAAACCCCAGAGAAGUUUCAGAUAGUCACAAACUUCCCUCGCCGAGUCUUGCCCUGCCUUCCAACCGAAGAGCAGCCCAACCCCCCCAGUCUGAAAGAGGCAGGACUCAGCCGCUCCGAGGUCCUUUUUGUUCAGGACCUUACGGAUGAUUAAUCGAUGACAUACCUCCUCUACAUGGAAACGCAUAUUCCUUUGAUGUCCACCCACUCCCUUCUUUUUUUCAUUUUACUUUUGUCAAAUGGCCAUUAUUCAAAAGAGGAUCAUUGAUAUAAAAUGACCUGGAAAAAUCUAAACCACCCUGCAUCCUGUCCUUGUUUGGUUGUUAACAGGGUUCCCAGUAGCCUGGAAAGUCUUGGAUUUUAUCAAAUAAGUAUUUCUUGAAGUCUUUCCUUGAACUCCUUGAUCUUUGUAUUCCUGUGGAGGAAAAUGUGUGUUUUCCAUUGUUUGUACAAGUUACCAGUUAAUACUUGUUUGUCAUUAUUAAUUCAAUUAAAGUUUUAUUGAAGACUCAAACAGAGGGUCCACAGAUGAUAAAAUAUGGAAUAAAUGAAAUUGGAGAUGGGUAUGAACUAUUAAAAAAAAUAUAUAUAUAUAUAUAUAUAUCUAUAUCACAUGAUAAGUUAACCAUAAUUCAUAUAGAGCCCAGGACGUCACGUGUUCACACCGCCAUGGUGGCAGGAUAAGCUUCUAUUAAAAUGGAUAACCAGUGUUGGUUUCAAGCUGUACACCCUAAAAUCCACAAAAAUAUGUUGCAUAACUUGAUGGACUGAAUAUUGCUGACUCUUGCGAUAGUAUGGAGACGGUCAGAGAGGACAUUAUUCCAGCCCUGCUGUGUUCCAACCUCUCCACCUUUCUUAUACCCCCCCCGUCCCCGUCCCACUCCACAGAAUGCUUAUAUGUUGCAAUAGAAACAUGGAAAAUGAGUAGUUCUUGUUAAGUAUGAAGUGAUCACUUCACUUGGAGAGUCUUCACAUCACUCCAUUUUCUCUGUGUUCUCUCAGGAUCGUUGGUGGUCCAGUGAAAUGCUCCCCCUUUGCUUGUACCUGGCAGUUUUUGUUAAACACAACAGCUAUCCACCAUUUUCAAUGUUAAUUAACACAGCUGGUGAAGAGACGAGUUGCCUUAGCUCGGGUUCCUGCCAAAAUGGCGUUGUUUUGAUUCCGACUGUUGCAUGACGGGAUUACGUGACGUCGGGAGUCUUUAUCUCACCAGUGUUUUCUGAGCCUGGAUGAGUUCACGAAAACAGCUCUUCCUCUGGUUAAAGCCACCAUGACGCAGUUUUCGGGCUCGUCCAGGCGACACAUACAACUGUUGAAACCUUUCAGAGGUACCUCACAUGAAGGGGACACUAGUGGACACAUGAGUUGACUGGCACUCUGCCGUCUGGGAACCUGAAGCAAGCCGCAUCAUUGUGAGCCAGCAUGAGUUUCUUCAUACUGCUUUUUCUUGAAACUGCACCCAAAGAUGUGCUGUGGCCAUAGGUGUGUAAAAAAAACAACAACAUUUAACAUUGACAGAGCACAUCAAAAUUCCCGUAACAGCAUAUUAGCCUGAGCAUAAAGUUUUCAACGUUGUCAAUAAAUAUUUCUGCCAUCA